UUUCUUGUGUCUUCUAUGUCCAACAAUAAAAUAUACAAUUAAUAUUUUUUUUGCUCAAAAUACGUAAAAACUAAAGAAAUGGCCAGUUGAGGAACAUACAAAAAGCAGACUUGUAAGAACUUACAAAACCAUUGCUGUAUCUGAACGUGCCUCUGUAGCAGUUUGCCGUUUUAACAGGCCGUUAUUGAGCAGGGGACAAAAUGUGCUGAUUGUCUAAUGGUAAUUGAAACCAUGUAUAAAUCUGCUCCACCUCAGUGCAGUUACGGCUACUGGUCUCAACGCGAGGCUUGUGAAGUCCUCUGUGAAACAGUUUAAUUGCCUAAAGACUGAAAAGGAAAAGUCAAGAUCUGGGAUUUCAAAGAGCCAUUGCCAACCCCUUCUUGGCCAAUGUCCCAUAAAACAGUGCUGUAGUGUAAAAUACCAAACCAAACCCAUGUGUAGAAACAUGGAGCUUCCACCCUAAAUGUGACCAAGCCUCAGCAGUCCCAUCAAUGUAGUCUGUACCUGUAGCUGUCAUCAGUGACGUACUACUAACUCAAGGUGGUGUAUUUGUAAAUGCUGUAGCAGAUAAAUACAUGCUGGUGUGCAUGGAGAGACAGCAAUCAAAGUGAUAGUUCAGUAAAAUCGGUCACAUCCUCUUUUAAGAGUGGCUGCAAAUGAUUAAGUGAGAUGUGGGAUGUUUUCCUCGACUAUUUCACAUUCCUCAAUCAGCUCAAAACUGACACGAGGAGAGGAUUCCAGCCAAAGUCUCUAUUGUUUCAAUUUCUGAAGAAAAUCGGAGGAAAGAAAAACGUUGCUUCACUCUAAGAUAACAUAACAUAACAUAACUUCAAGUCUCUCCCUGUAUCUUUACUCUCACGAAACUGAUCAACUGUCUCAGCAUUAAGGCUAAUAAUGAAGAAUCCUCCGAUUCUAAGGCCUUACUGCGUUUUGAGGAGUUCACAAUAUGACGCGUAGGCUGUAACAGCAGUUAACAGUAUUGCUAGAGUUUUCCAGGACUUUGCCUCAGUGUAUCGUGGAUACAUAUCCCUGACCAGUGACCACAACCCUUUGAUCUCUCCCACUGUUUAUGUUUGGGAAAGAAAUUCCUCCAGUCUCAAAUCUUAAAAUCAUAUGUAAUCUUCCAACCUUUGUUAUUCUCACUCCACCUCCUUUUUCCCACUCAAUCGCUUUCCUGAUUUCUCAACCUCUCCCUCUCUCUUGUUUUGAUCCUGAUCUUUUUAUUUGAGUUAUUGAAGACUUAUUUUUCCUCUUUAUUAUUUGCGCUGGGGAGACUUCAAAUAUUUCCCUCCUACUCUUGUCUUUUCCUCUCUGUCCCCCUCCCUCUCUCUCUCUCCCCCCUCCCUCUUUCUAAUUUGCUUUCAUUACGGUUUCCUUUGAAGACUGAGGGUUCUCAUUUUUCCCAGCCUCUGGCUGAAGCAGCAAAGAUAACGUUUACUGUUUUCACUUCAGCACAAGCAAAGACUGCUGCUCCUAAGGACUUUUGGACGUUGACUGUUGCAUGCUUUCUGACCGCUCCUCUUAGCUGUGUCCAGUUGAGUGAGAGUACAAGACUUCCGUCUACACGUGACCAACGGGAAAGGAGUUGGACGUCUGUAUUCACACUACACAUCUGUCAAUAAGAAAGCUGAUUCAAUCUCUACUAUAUGACAACUGUUACACUACAUUACAGUAGCAUUGAAAUGAUAUCACUCCAGCUGUGGCCCCUCCUCCUCCCCGUUCUACUGGUCAACUUCUCCAACCAAUUAGACAACAACAAGAUCCCGCCCAGUCUGUGUACGGGACACCCAGGUAUCCCAGGUACCCCUGGGGUACACGGCAGUGCUGGUCAACCAGGAAGAGAUGGGAGGGAUGGGCGUGAUUCUGCCCCUGGGGAGAAGGGAGAGAAGGGAGACAGGGGAGAGCCAGGUGAGUCGGGCUUUAGGGGCUUCACUGGAGACCAGGGGAGCCCUGGCGAUAAAGGAGACAGGGGGCAGUCGGGGGAGUGCGCCAUCGCUCCUAAAUCAGCCUUCAGCGCCAAGUUGUCAGAGGGACGCACCAUGCCCGUGGCGGCGGAAGACGCUGUGCGCUUUGAAAAGGUAAUACUCAACGAGCAGGGCGACUACGAUAUGGAAACAGGACGCUUCACCUGCAAAGUGCCCGGUGUCUACUACUUUGCGGUCCACGCCACUGUCUACCGGGCCAGCCUGCAGUUUGACCUGAUGAAAAACGGUCACACGAUGGCGUCCUACUUCCAGUUCUACGGGAACUGGCCCAAGCCAGCGUCUUUGUCCGGGGGCUCGCUGCUGCACCUCAUCCCGGGCGACCAGGUGUGGGUGCAGAUGGCAUUGGGAGAGUACAGUGGUUUCUACUCCAGCUCUAAGACUGACAGCACCUUCACUGGCUUCCUAGUGUACUCGGACUGGAUAAACUCUGCUGUCUUCGCCAAGGGCGAAGUGGUAUAAACAUUGGGGAGACCAAGUUGGGUGUGGGGGCUGGGGGUCCUCCCCCAGAAAAUAUUUGAAUUUUUAAAACUAAUUUACUGCCAUUCUACAUGAUUCAUGGCCUCUUUAGAAGGUUAUUAGAAAACUCUGGUCUUUGCAUAAACACAUUAACCAAUGUUACAGAAAUAGCAGUAGGCUAUGGCACAUACCAUACUGAUGAGUUGUGAUGAUGAAUCAGGUGAACUGUGCUUCAGGUUAGCCAUUUGACUGCUGCUGUGCGAUGGUGAAUCGUUUUAACAGAUGUCUUGACGGUGGCCCUACAAAGUUUUUGGCCUACAUGUAUCAUUGUUUUUUUGCCUUUACAAACAAGGACUGCAUAUGGGGUUUAAAUGAGACAUGUUGGCUCCUGCAGUUGGUAGGAAUUGCUAACAUAAGAAGGUUAUAUUAUAUGUCCAGUUUUGUGGUGGAGACGUAAAGAGGAUUCAAUAAGGCAUCAUACAGGUAUGUGAGCUGUUUAGGGCUUCCAACUGUGACCAUCACUGACUGAUGAGUUGUAAAGUAUUCAAACUGAAGCCCUAAAAUACACUUUUCACAAUAUUUUAACUUAUCUGUCUGUGCAACCUUCAGUUAUGUCACCAAUA